AAGCCAAUACGCAGAAACGCGAAGCGAAGGGGAGCUGCGAAAGAGUGAAGAAUAGCAAAAACCCAGUACAGGAGCGCGGCAGACGACGAGGAUGGGCGUGACAAAGGAGCAAGUUGAAGCUACUUUGAAGUCAAAGCUCAGUCCUUUGCAUCUCGAUGUGAAGGAUACAUCUGGAGGAUGUGGUGCAAGCUUUGAAGUUGAGAUAGUCACAGACCAAUUCGAGGGGAAGAGGCUGCUCGAGAGGCAUAGAUUGGUAAACACAGCCUUAGCAGAGGAGAUGAAGGAGAUCCACGCUCUCUCCAUCAAGAAAGCCGCCACUCCUGAACAGUGGAAACAGCAGCAAGAGCCGGAGAAACCCACGUCCGCAGCUGCCUGAACAGUUUGAAAUACAUGAUCAUGUACUCUUAUUACUACAGUGGAGUAAUUUCAGCUUUUGUUGCUCUCAGUUUCUAACUGGGAUGGUAACCUUUUUGGCAGCUGCCCUUUGAAUAAGGAUUUUGCAUAACCUUGUACUUGCACAUAUAAGUGUGUGUUUCUGUGGAUGAAUAGUCAAGAGAAGGCCAGUUCAAGUUGGGAGUUACAAUCUUGGCUAUGGCUUUCACCCUUCAGAAGUAUAGAUCCUUGAGCUGAAAUUUUGGAUGGAAGUGGUGAAAUUUACUUUGGAGGGGAAAUUAAUGUUAGCCACAUGCUGAACAGAGGUGUCCCAACCACCAAUCCUCUGAUUUCCCUUUAUCCACAACCUCUGGCAAGAGAAAAUAAAGUGAAAUUUCAGGA